CGCGUCGCGGCCCGGCCACCCGGCGAGCGCGGGCGUUGAGGGGACACAUCAAACGUGGUUGAACUUCCAACCUGUCCGCGAACCAUUGGUUCAAACUAAAUUGGUGCGCUAUAUCUGAGGCCGGUGGAUGUCAAUCAUGUUCAAUCAUUCACGCGCUCUGGCACAUCCCCGUGGCGCGACUGGCUGCAUGUUAAUUGAUGGGUAAAUCGGUUGCGCUAAUAGCGUUUCUAUAUCAUGAACAAUAGCAACUAUGUAGUAGACGCCAAUCUUGCCACCCGCCUUCCUAUAACCGACUUUCUUUCAAUAAUCUGCGAUUCCUGUCAUGAUGAACUGGAGUCGUUUGUUUUUCCUAGCACUUCUUGCCCUGCAGAAAUUGGUCAUUGCAGAAUAUGUGAGAACCAAGAAGUCUACUGUCGCUCCAGUCGGCGCAGACGUCUUGACAGUGGGCGUUAUUGGAGAUUAUGGUUGGACAGGAUGGACGCCGAGUCCUCCACAUUUCUGCCUUGAAGUGCUUCCAGAGUUGCAGGCUGCUGGACUCGUUAUUCCCAAUGAGGUCUUAAACGACUGUGAUCCUGGAGACAUACUAUACAUAAACAAUGCCACCGCUUUGCAGCUCGACACGUCUUCGUAUGUCGGACAAGUAUGCGCGGUGAAGAACUGCACUUCAUUCGUGUCUGUCGGUGACAACUUUUAUGAUAGUGGUGUUGAUUUCACCACUGGCGGGAUACAACGUUUCCAGGAAGCAUGGGUUGGCAUGUACAGCCAAGGAGUCUUUGCGACUGCUCCUUGGUACCAAUGUCUCGGUAAUCAUGACAUUGUAAAAGGCCAGAGCGGCGUCGACUUCCAGACUAAAGUUGCUCCAAUUUACGACCCUCGCUGGAAUUUUGGAACCCAAGGGCUUCCGUAUUGGACUUACGACCUGACAGGCAAAGAUUGGACCGCUACCUUUGUCGUCGUGGAUUCGGAUUGUUUCCUGAGCUCGUAUCUACUGAACACCUCUGUAUAUGCGAACCCGUACACGGUUGCCUGCUAUGCGGACCGGCAAACGCAAAUCGACUUCCUGGCUAACACAUUCGCUCAGUCCACAGCUACAUGGAAAUUCUUGCAGCUCCACCACGGUUUCAUGUCUUCAGCCACCAACGAAACCGAACUCGCACCUCUCGUUGAGAUUGCUGUCCAGCACCGCGGGGUCGUCCUGAACGGUCACGACCACUGCCUCGGACAUUAUUACUAUAAUAACACCAACUUCAUUCUAUCUGGCGCUGCGGGCUAUCCACAAGCUGGUGACUGCAACUACGGUAUUCCACUUGGACCGUAUGCAAAGUUCUUGGGGGCGAAUCAGCAGUCUGCGGCGAAUGGUUUCGUGACUAUGGAUAUCAGCAAGCAGUCCAUAAAUGUUGAAUAUUAUCUGCGAGACAUGCAAUUCGAAGACGGGGAUUUGUACCCUGUUCCGUACGAUCUCAAGCCUUCUUAUUCAUUCCAGAUCACAGAGCACGCAAUUUGAUCAUGUUUUGGAGAUCUUAGGACCCUUAACUUUUACUAUCCAUUUUUGUAUGCGUGUCGCUGGCGUGCAAAGCGUACUUGACGACGCAAGUAUUGUCGAACCACAAGGACAAUAGGUACAGAAUAGUACCCUUCAUUCGGAUAAAACUUUCAGUCU